AUGAAGGAGGAGCGAGAGAUACAACCCAAAGCAUUUGCUCACUUGGUCAGCUCAACUCUUUACGAACGGAGAUUUGGACCUUUCUUUAUUGAGCCCGUGAUUGCUGGUCUCACACCUGGCCCUGAUCCCAAACCAUUUAUUGCGGCCACUGACCUUAUUGGAUGUUUGACACUACCCGAUGAUUUCGUGGUAAGCGGGACUGCAAGCGAUAAAUUGUUCGGAGUUGCUGAGAGUCUCUGGGAACCGGAUCUGGAACCUGAGGACCUUUUUGAAACCAUCUCGCAAACACUUCUUAACGCUGUGGAUCGUGAUGCGUAUUCAGGCUGGGGAGCGAUUGUGCAUGUGAUAACUCCUGACAAGGUUAUCACUCGAACGUUGAAGGGGCGUAUGGAUUAA